CAAAACCCCACAUCCCUCUUCGUUUCUUCCCCCAUACGCACAGCAACAACCACCUAGAAGCCCAACAGAUCUUCUUCUUCCUUCCCUACACCUCACCUUCUCCUUCCCUGUAGAUCUUCUUCCUACCCCUUCACACAACAACAACCAGACCUAGAAGCCCAGCCAUAGCCAUCGUCGACGCGGAUACGAAGUCCGCCGCCGAAGGUCUUCUUCUCUACCGCCAUCGCCGUCGAAGGUCUUCUUCUCUACCGCCAUCGCGAAGGACACCGCCGCUGUCGCCGGAGAAACUUUUCUUCUCAGUAGAUCUGCUUCUUCUUUGAAUGUUCUGCUCCGUUUCUUUCUUCAUUGUUACAAAGUGCCAAAUUAAAUCUGAAAACGCCGUAUAAAUGGCAUUUUAAGUCUUAAAAAAUUUUGUAUUUUCAAUUGGAAAUGCCAUUAAGCUGGCAUUCUGAUAAAAAUCUUGGCAUUUACGCUGGAAACGGGCAGAUCUGUAACUGAGGAGGUCAAAUUUGUAGCAGUGGAUGCCAGAUUAGUUGCGAAAGUGGCAUUCUCAGUAGAUCUGCUUUUUCUCUGAAUGUUCUGCUCCAUUUCUUCUUUCAUUGAUACAAAAUGUCAAACUAAAUCUGAAAAUGUCGUAUAAAUGGCAUUUUUAGUCUUAAAAAUUUUUGUAUUUUCAUUUGGAAAUGCCAUUAAGAUGGCAUAUAUUCUGAUAAAAAUCUUGGCAUUUACACUGAAAACGGGCAGAUCUGUAACUAAUGAGGUCAGAUUUGUAGUAGCGAAUGUCACAUUAGUUGUGCGAAAGUGGCUGGAUCUGAAGGGAUGGCGGCUGACGGCUGACGGAGGCUCAAUCCAGUGACGCCCUCCAGAUCUGCGACGGCGGUGGGCUGAUCUGCGACGGCGGCUCGUUUUUGAGGUUGUCGACGACCGACGGUGAAUGGCGGUGAUCGCCGAAUGGCUGUGGUCCAAUGUUGUGGUCUGCGGGAGUAUGACUUAUAAGCUUCAGGUCACAACACGGCGAAGGGAUAAAUCCGUACACGUGGCAGCCGGAAGUCGGAAAGGGAGUGAUGAACUCCGACGAGUUCAGUGUCACCGACGCAAAGGGAAAUUAAAAAUAGACACACAUAUAUAUAUAUAUAUAUAUAUAUACAGAGACGUCAGAGAGGUCAUAUUAUAUAUCAGCUGGGAAUUGAAGAUCGAUCGAAAGAAUGGGUGCGCUUGAAUAUCUUUCCAAACUCUGCGCAUUUACCACUUCCUCAACCCCAACCAAAUCUAUGCAGACGGUGGAGAUAAAAGUGAAGAUGGACUGCGAUGGAUGUGAACUGAAAGUGAGGAAUGCUAUUAGACGCAUCAAAGGUGUGAAAGGCAUAGAUGUGAACAGAAAACAAAGCAAGGUGACGGUGAAUGGAUUCGUGGAGCCAAACAAGGUGUUAAGGAAUGUCAAAAGAACCGGGAAAAGAGCAGAGUUUUGGCCGUACAUCCCUUACAACGUAGUGUACUACCCAUCCUCUGCCCAAACCUAUGAUAAAAGGGCACCACCGGGUCACGUGAAGAACGUCCAACAGGCGAUUCUGCCCCCCAAUUCUACGGAACAAAGGCUGGCUUACAUGUUCAGCGAGGAUAAUCCAAAUGGUUGUUCCAUUAUGUGAUCCUUACAUUUCGACCCCUUCUGUCUACCUGAAUUUCAUUCUGGCCACACUAUAUAGUUAAUUUAUACUUUUGCCCAUCAACUUCCUUUUUAUUGUGAUAAGUUUCGUAUGCAAGGUUUGCAGUCUUGCAGAUGUGCAAUAAUAAAUCUAGUUUUCUCAUUGAUAAUAAUACUUUUAAUCAUUUUCUUUGUAAACUACAGUACAAGUGUACAACAAUAUUAUUGACUUAGCAGCGGUAGCAAUUCCAAUAACUUGGUUUGUGUUUUAUAUUAUUGAAUUAUUUAAUGCUAUUAUUAUGCUCAUCCUUUAGGAAAGAAC